AUGGAGGAGGUGGAGAGUGAGCCGGGGGUGGUGGGGACUUAUAGUAGUAGGGAGGGGGAGGAGGUGAUGUGUAGUGGUAUGGAGGUGGUGGGGACUUCUUUGGAGGAGGAGGUGAAGAGUAGUGGUAUGGGGGUGGUGGGGACUUCUUUGGAGGAGGAGGAGAUGAGUAGUGGUAUGGAGGUGGUGGAGACUUCUUUGGAGGAGGUGGGGAUGUGUAGUGAUAUGGUGGAGGGGGAGACUUUUUUGGAGGAGGAGGAGAUGAGUAGUGGGGGAGACUUUUUGGAGGAGGAGGAGAUGAGUAGUGGUAUGGUGGUGGUGGAGACUUCUUUGGAGGAGGAGGAGAUGAGUAGUGAUAUGGAGGAGGUGGUGAUGGAGACGGAGGUGGUGGAGAUUUAUAGUAAUAAGGCUCAUUAG